AUUUGUUCUUUUCUAACAUAUGAUUCUGGUUUGGCAAUGUUUACAGCCAUAUUGUGUGAUUUUUAGAUAUAUCAAGCUGUGCAGGGAGAUGUGGGGAAGGGUAUUCUAGGAAUCAUGGCUGCCAGUGUGAUAGUAGCUGCCUUCUCUACAUGGAGUGCUGCCCAGAUUACAAGACAAGCUGUGUUGGAGGUAAGUCUUCGACCGCAGACAUUUUUUAAAGCUCCGGUAUGAAUAAGCACGGGUACGUUCACUUAAGGCAGUGGUUUUCAAACUCUUUGGGGGAGUUUAUUAGGGAUUUUCCCAAGAAGAUGAUCAUGAAUGGUAGAUGAUCUGCACUGCAAGUAGGGAUGUUAGUUUCAGUUUCCCCCGGUUUUCUCUCUUUUUUCUGGUAUUAAGUUCUGUUCUCCCCAUUAGUUUGUCUUGUGUGUGCAUGUAUAGCCACAUGAAAAUUCAUCAGCAUUCUCCUAGUACUCUUUUGAAUGCAAUUUUGCCUAAUAAAAUGCAGUUUUUUGUGUUAUUUUUACUGAUGCAUUUUUAUGCACAUUAACUAGUGUACAUAUUACUUGGGCGAAGAACUGCCUUGCAAAAUUCAGAGCAGUGCAAGCCUCUUAAUUUGUGCAUUGUUUCAAGACUUGUGAAUUAGGUAAAGGUAAAGGUAAAGGGACCCCUGAGCAUUAGGUCUAGUUGUGGCCGACUCUGGGGUUGCACGCUCAUCUCGCUUUAUUGGCCGAGGGAGCCGGCGUACAGCUUCUGGGUCAUGUGGCCAGCAUGACUAAGCCGCUUCUGGUGAACCAGAACAGCGCACGGAAACGCCGUUUACAUUCCCGCCAGAGCGGUACCUAUUUAUCUACUUGCACUUUGAGGUGCUUUCGAACUGCUAGGUGGGCAGGAGCAGGGACCGAGCAACGGGAGCUCACCCCGUCGCGGGGAUUCGAACCGCCGACCUUCUGAUCGGCAAGCCCUAGGCUCUGUGGUUUAACCCACAGCGCCGCCCGCGUCCCUGUGAAUUAGGUAGGUUUACCUUUAAAUGGGAACGGAACCAAAAUUCUCCCCGCCUCCAUCCCUGCCUGCAAGUCAGCAAGUCUGACCUGAUCUCCUGUCAUAUGCAGUUGCAAGAGGGUCGGGUGCAUGUCAAGAUGGGGAGUCCUAUCAGUUUGUGUAUGGUCAACAUCUAAGCCCAACUAUGCAAUGUAUAUGAAUUCCCCUGCAAAUAUGCUGUGGGACUCCUUAGCAGAAGAACUGGGGGAAAGUUCCAUAAUGGUCAAAAGCGGUCACAGCUCCAGGUUUGAUGGGUUACACGUAGAUGGGCCUCCUCAGGAAUAUCUGCUGGUGUUGGAAGUGGCUGUGGCAGAGUUCCAAGGGUGGCUAGGACCUGCCUUUUUAAUUUUUUGCAAUGGCCAGAGCAGCCAACCCAGAGGGCAUUCUGGGAAAUAUGCAGUAAAUGGUUGCUUGCAGACCUAGCCACUUGAUAUGAGAGGAGACCCUGAGCAGACAUCAGGUCUGUUGGACCCUGCAGGAUCCCUCUAGAAUGCUAGGUGGAAGUUUGAAUAACCACUGCCUUAAGAUCCUUCUCUUUGGUACAUGUUACUUGUUGUCUUGUGUUUUGGAUGUUCCUUUUUGUGUCAUCUCUUCUCUCUCUCUCUCUCAUAUUGGUGAAUAUUUUUCAUUGUGAUCUGCAAACUCAGUCCUGCCAGUUCUCCUGGCACAAUUUUGAGACGCGUAUGAGUAAUUCCUGUGGGUGGUGGCAGAAACAUGUAAUGCCAUGUGAAUAACUUCUACGUGCAAUUUGUUCCUGUGUGAUACUCCUCAGGGAACCAAAGUGCACUUCACAAUACAACUGGUGAACAAAUAUUAUGGAUACCCAGUCAUGGGAAUCAUCCAAGAGGAACUCAACAGUUUCUUAAAAUCAUGUUGUGGAAAUUGAGCUUCUUGCAUUCCGAAAGCUUUAUAUGCACGACUUUUUAAAUGUCCUGUAUUUUUCAAGUACGUUAUUUAGAUUCCAAUGCAAACAGACACAUUUGGCUGAAUCUUCCCAGUGCUAAGUCAACACGAGCAAACUCUCUGGUUCCUUGUUAGCUGCAUUACAUAGGAAGCAAUUCAAAUCAGUUGGCGUUCCAAUAUAUGCCAUAUAUUUUGUGACAGUGGGCUUUGCAGAACCAAUAGCCAUAGACACAAUAGUCUUAUAGACAUGUUCCACAACUGCUUGCCAGACAAAUAGACAAAGAUGAACAUAACAUGCUGCAUUUUCCCUGUUAGUUAUCUGCAAAUGUCCAGCAUGAAGUCAAAGAAUAUAAAAAGAUAUGUAUCAUUCACACACUAUACCUAAUAUACUACAGUAUUAACUUUCAAAUGACAUGAAAUGAUAAACGACACGAUUCUUCUGAGAUUUUCUCAUUAGAAUAACACAGGAAUAAUGAGGAUGGGUUAAAGAGGACCACAGCAUAGAUUCUAAAGGAUAUCCAUUAGUGAAUUUGAACUUGCACAGAUGUUAUAAAUAAAUUCAGAGAUCCUUGAUUCAUGAUGGCACCGAUUGCUCUUUUUACAUGAAAAAAUUCAAGGUUGUAUCCAAUGAAGUCUCUUUGUUGAAUGUUCUUUGAUCAAGUGCAGGCUUUGAUCAGUGGAUCGGGGAGGGAGGAGCUUCUUGCUGGCUCCGCCCCUGCAGUUCCACCAUGACACCUCCCACACUGUUCUGGAGGGUCCAACAACCCUCUGAAGGUUGUCAACAGCAGUGAGGGGCAAUUGGCACAUAUCACCUUCCACCCUGUACCGCUGGUGAAGGUCUCUGUUGGAUCACAGUGCCUUCCCUAAGUGAAGGGACAGCUUUGGAAACACCCUCAAAUAUAUGACCCAGAUAGCAUCUUCAUUCAAACAGAUUUCCUUCAUGCAGGUGAAGAAAACGGUACUAACCUUCUUUCAUCAUCCUGUGUAGAACUGUCUUGCAAAGGACGUUGCUCUGAGAGUUUUGAAAGGGGGAGACCGUGCGACUGUGAUGCAGAUUGUGACAGAUACGGCAAGUGUUGUCUAGAUUACGAAGAAGCAUGUUUAGCAGGUGAGUGUCGUAAGCACUUUGUUGCCUUUCAAGCUCAAGAGGCUAAUCCAAGGCUCAACCUCAGGAUCUAUUCCCAAUGUCAAUACCGCAACACCGCUCAGUUGCUAGAGCACGAGGCUCUUAAUUUCAGGGCUGUGGGUUCAAGCCCCACAAUGGGCAAAAGAUUCCUGCAUUGCAGGGCAAUAGCUAGAUGACCCUUGCGGUCCUUUCCAACUCCACAGGUCUAUGAUUCUAGAACCAGAACUUCUGCUUUUAACUAUAUGAUUGCCAGUUAUCAAUUUUGUUAUAAUGGUUAUAUCAUCUGUCAUCUAAACCACUGAGUCUCUUGUGUAUGCCGAUCAGAAGGUCGGCGGUUUGAAUGCCCGCAACAGAGUGAGCUCCCGUUGCUCUGUCCCAGCUCCUGCCAACCUAGCAGUUUGAAAGCGCACCAGUGCAAGUAGAUAAAUAGCUACGGCUGUGGCAGGAAGGUAAAUGGUGUUUCCAUGUGCUCUGGUUUCUGUAACGGUGUCCCAUUGCGCCAGAAGCGGUUUAGUCAUGCUGGCUACAUGACCUGGAAAGCUGUCUGUGGACAAACGCACGCUCCCUCAGCCUGAAAGCAAGAUGAGCACUGCAACCGCACAGUCGCCUUUGAUUGGACUUAACCAUCCAGGGGUCCUUUACCUUUACAGUGGUACCUCGUGUUACGUAUCAUCCCCCUUACGAAUGCUUCAAGUUACGUGCUCCGCUAACCCGGAAGUAGAUGCCCCUUGUUGCGAACUUUGCCCCAGGAUGUGAGCGGAAAUUGCACUCCGGCGGUGCGGCAGCAGCAGGAGGCGCCAUUAGCGAAAGCGCGCCUAAUGUUACGAGCGGUUUCCGGUUACGAACGGACCUCUGGAACGGAUUAAGUUCGUAACUGGAGGUACCACUGUACCUAUAAUACAAGCUGGGGAACUUUCAUGUGUUGGCAGGGGAGAGAGCAAAUUGGCUGGCUUCUGGCCAGUGGCACCACAUGAAAAUAACUGAACCCGCAAUGGGGCUGUGCAUAUUUUAGAUCAGGCUCUAUUCCCAUAGUUAAUCAGCUUCUUCUGUGACACCUCAUCCCAGUUAUGGGUGUUAUAUAGACAGGGAGUUGGGUAAGCCUGAAACCCAGUGGUAUUCUCAAGGGGCACAUAGGAAUUUGCCUCGAGCUGAGUCAGACUAUUGGAGUAUCUAACUCGGUACUGUCUACACCAGCAGUGACUGACCAGUGGUUUGCCAAAUGUUGUUAGAUUCCAACUCCCAUUAGCCCCGGUUGGGAUUGCCAAUGGUCAGGAUUUUAUGGGAGUUGCAGUCCAACAGCAUUUGCAAGGUCAUCUACACAACAGGGACUGGCAGUGGCUCUCCAGGGUUUCAGACAGAAGUCAUGGAGAUUCUAGGAUCUGAACCUGGGAUCCUUCAUGUGCUUUGACACUGAGCUAUAACCUUUCUCCAAGGUCGAAGCUUGCCAUUGCUUCGUUACAGGAGGAAGUUCAGGACACUACUGCAAUGAGGACAAAAUGUACAGUCCACUGGGUGGAACUAUCCCUACAGCAAGAUGCAAUGUGGCUCUAGGAGCCUUUGCAAUAUCCUGUUCUCCUUCCACCUGCACUCGCCAGCAAUAAUGCUGAACAUCUGAACAUUCCGCCAGUUAUACUAUAAAACAGUAAAACUAAAAAAAACAGUGGGGAAUCAAAAGUUUGUGGAGUUCCAUUUAUUUAUUUUCAAAUUAUUUUUAUCCUUUAUAUGCCACCCACACCCACAUUUACUGCCUCCUGUUUAACCCAGUCUGGAUUUUCAGCAGACAUCACUUCAUUUGACUUCAGUGGAGCCAUGCCAGGGCAGAAUUUGGUUGUAAUAAAGGGGUAAUAGAGUGGCCGUGCCAUGGCAGAAUGCUGUGGAAAAAUGGCCUUGUUUGCCCCUAAGAUAGUCCAGAGGGAAUAAAUGUUCUGUGAGUUUCCAUUCAUCAACAACAACAAAAUCAUUCGUUUAAAGUCAACUCCCAAUUCCCCCCGCCUCCACCAGGACAAUAAAGUCUUUUGGUGGCAGAUGAUACUCUCAGAACCUAGGUCUCCGUUGAACAAAUGCAAAGCGUUUCGGCAAGUGGCGUGUGUGUUUAGCAUGACCUAAACCAUUUGGCGACUGCAAAGGCCUAGGCCAUUGCAAAGUUCACUGCAAAGUUUACCCUGAACCUGUUGCACCAAGUUGCCAGGUCAGUGAAGCACCAUUUUAAUUCCCCACAUAUGCUCUGAAGCAGGGGUCAGCAAACUUUUUCAGCAGGGGGCCGGUCCACUGUCCCUCAGACCUUGUGGGGGGCACACAGUCCUCCCCAAAACAAAAUGGCGGCCACCUCCAAAAGAAUGGGGAAAAGGAUAUAAAGUGAUUCAAAAACAGAAAGGUCUAUUUUAUUUGUUGUUGUUAAGAAAAAAAAAGUUUGAAAAAGUCCCUUCUUUUCCAGACACUCUUAAGUCUUGGUUGUUAUUAAUUUAUUUCUUUUGCUGGUAUGUUGCUGUAGAUCAGGGGUCAGCAAACUUUUUCAGCAGGGGGCCGGUCCACUGUCCCUGAGACCUUGUGGGGGGGCCAGACUAUAUUUUUUGGGGGGGAAAUGAAUGAAUUCCUAUGCCCCACAAACAACCCAGAGAUACAUUUUAAAUAAAAGGACACAUUCUACUCAUGUAAAAACACGCUGAUUCCUGGACUGUCCAUGGGCCGAAUUUAGAAGGCAAUUGGGCCGGAUCUGGCCCCCGGGUGUUCGUUUGCCUACCCAUGCUCUGAAGCAACGCUUAAGCUGAGAAUAGUGUGGCUGAUUUUAAAUGACAGCUCAUAGAUGCCAGCUCCAUCCCAGGACACUUUGCUAAGGGGUCUCUUGAGAUUAGAGCUAGCCUUGGAGAGUGGAUAUUUGGCUUGUUUCUCUGAAGGGUGAAAUGUACAGAGGCAAACCACACCCCCUCCACCUCAUGCCUUCAUCUUCCUGGAGAAGGGGGAAAUGGAGCAUAGCCGUUUUGGAUGUACGACACCAAUAUGUUUGUUUUUACGCACUGUUUAUUUUUUUAAAGGAAGGGCGCAUAGUGUUACUCACUAUUCACUGUUAUUGCUGUUUGUAAUGUUAGAGUAAUAUUAGGGGCAGGGUGUAAACAAGUCCAGAGGAACACAAAAUGGAAAUAAACAGGAAGCAAAUGUUAAGGUCUAAACUAAAGCUGCCAGUCAUCUGCCCCACUUUGUUAAAUCCACCGGCCACCUAGGAAGAUCUCUGCUUCCCAAUGUUCCAUUACUGCUAAAUAAACAAAAAAUACUUUGUUGUGUUGAUGAAACAUCAGGAGGGGGAUGUCUUAAGCUCAUUGCACAAAUUCAAAAUAAUGUAGAAGUAUCAGCCUGCAACUGAGUCUAUCAAAAUGAGAAUGUGGGUUCUCACUUCUUUGUGGGUUUUGUUAUGUACUGAAGUUCUCACCCUGGGCCAGCAGGGGGAUACUGUAGAUAGUUUUCACUCAGGUCCACAUAUGCAAAUAAGGGAUUGAAAGUGACGUUCAGUGAUUGGAUAGUUACAGAAAAUGGUUACUGUUGCGUUCUAGUGGAGCUCUAUAUAAGCAGGCUGGCUGAACCCUUCAGUCCAGUUCUUUUCUGGCCUGUGAAUAAACAAGAGCUGUUUGAAGAAUCACUGUGUCGUCUGAUAUGUUCGCCCACAACUUAACAGGUUUUCUCAUGCUGCUUUCCUUGAAUAUAUAUUAUAAUGCAUAUUAUACCUAAAGCAGUCACAUCCGGAGAUUAAGGGUUGCAUUCACUGUUAAGUCAUAUUUAGAAAUAGAUCCUCUGAACUUAUUGGACAUGACAAACAGGUCCACUGGUUUCAGUGCAUAUAUACUGUUUGCAAUAUUUGUGAACUUACUGAUUUUUCUUUUAAUAUGUAACACAGUAUAUACAAUAACUACCUAAAUAUGCGUCACUUCUCAAAAUAUUAGGCCUCAUUCCGCCUCAUGCCCCUAGGGUGCAGGCUAGUUGAAUGUGGACAUCCAUAAGCAUAACAUCUACUUAUUGCUACCCCAAUUGAUCUGAUCCUGCUUAAUUUGUUACCUGGAAGGAUAGGAUUUUGGAACAGCAGCUUACAGGGGCAGAGCAGUAUAGAGAACUGUGCGUAAAGCUCUUUUGCAAACAUUUAAUUUUAAAAAUAUUGGUACUUUUGGUGAGGCAGCACAGCAGAAUGUGGCAAAUCAGAGGUGAAGCCUGGGGAGUUAAAAAUGAGACAUAAGAAAACUAGUUUUUGGGAAACUAGCAUUUGCAAAAGUAACAUUUUUGAAAAGAAAUAUUAAAAAAAUUACAAUUGUCCAGUAGCACCUUAGAGACCAACUAAGUUUGUUCUUGGUAUGAGCUUUCAUGUGCAUGCACACUUCUUCAGAUACAAAAUGCACACAAAAGCUCAUACCCAGAACAAACUUAGUUGGUGUCUAAGGUGCUACUGGACAUUUUAAAAUUUUUUAAUAUAUAUUUCUACUGCGUCAGACCAACACAGCUACCUACCUGAAUUUUUGAAAAGGUGAGUUUAUUUAACAAGCCUUUUGUUUAAAACUAUGAAUUGAAAAUGGUAAACAACAAUGCUAAGUUUGGUAUUAGAAGAAAAACCUGAACUGAAAUUUGAGUUUUAUGCCUGGUUGCAGUUCCGACUACUCCGGCACCUACCACGACCACAAGCACCACGGUCCCAACAACUACAACGACCACAACCACGCCUCUGCCAACGACCACCACGACCAAACCAUCAACUACAACACCAAAGCCAAAGUCUACAACCAAACGUUCUCCCAAACUUAAGCCCAAGCCCAAACCUAAACCCAAGCCUAAACCCAAACCCAAAAUGAAACCUAAACCCAUCCCUCCAAAGAAGAAAAAGAAGCAAAAGAAAGUGUCUCAUGAAAUUAUGGAAGGUAUGAAAAAGUACACGUGAUAUGGACUUCUUAGAGCUGUGUGUAGAUUUAUUUUUUCUAAGUUCUGUGAUUCAUCGUGAUUUACUGUAAUUGUGAGCCUUGAGAGAGAUGGCAGGGUUGCAGAAAAGAAAAUGGAACUCACUGAAGCUUCAAUAUAUUGAUGAAUCCUUUUACUGAUUCUCCACGCUCCAUCUACCAAUAUUCUAAAUGUCCUACCAGGUUGUGGCAAACUAAUGCUGUAGUUCAUAUAUCUGGAGCUUUUGCUACAUAAAAGGUAUAUCUCUCUGUCCUGGGCUCUUUUAAGAUUGCCUGCAUAGAGUAAAGCCCUCUCUCUCUCUCUCUCUCUCUCUCUCUCUGUGUUUGUUUGUGUGUGUUUUAAACCACGAUCCUUUAUCCAUUGCCUUGCUAUAUAGGAAUUGAUCUUGAUAAUACAGUGGUGCCUCGCAAGACGAAAUUAAUCCGUUCCGCGAGUCUCUUCGUCUAGCGGUUUUUUCGUCUUGCGAAGCAACCCUAUUCGCGGCUUAGCGGCUAUUAAAGGCUUAGCGGCUUAGCGGCUAAAAGGCUAUUAGCGGCUUAGCGGCUUAGAAAAAGGGGGGGGAGCGAAAAAAAAUCUCAAGACUCGCAAGACAUUUUCAUCUUGCGAAGCAAGCCCAUAGGGAAAUUCGUCCUGCGAAGCGCAUCGAAAAACGGAAAACCCUUUCGUCUAGUGGGUUUUUCGUCUUGCGAGGCAUUCGUCUUGCGGGGCACCACUGUAUACUCAUGCCUUGAAAAUGGAAAUACUUCUUGCAGACUAGUAUUGGGGGAAGGGGAAUCUAUUUGUCAGGUUGAUUACCUAUCUUUCUUUCUUCUGAGUGUUUUGUGUGUGCCCACUUUCACUUGGCCAGGACCUCCCCACCCCUCAAGAGCCUGGGCAUACCCAUUGGGCUCACCACCACCUUUGAACACAAAAACACCAUAUCCUAUCAAACUGCUUUUGAAAGUCAUUCAGUUUCAAAAAUAGUUUGCCAUGUAGCCUGGGUAGAGGCUGGAACUCUUUUAAGAAACCCAAGCCCAGAGUAUUCCAAUAUGUAAACUACUCUGGGGAUUUUUAUACAUUAAUUAAACAGCAGAAUAGACAAUUCUAACGUAAAUAAAUUUUAUUUAUAGAUUCUUACAUUUCUUCUGAUGUAGAACCCAAUGCACUAUAUGCCAGCUUUCUUUUUUCUUUUUUAAAAAAAUAUAUUUGGUUUUUCAAAUUAAAAUUUUACAGAGCUAUAUCAAACAUAAAUCAUCAAAACAAGAUUCUAAUAAAUCUCCUGGACUUCUGUCAUUGCCUUUGUGGGUUCUGUUAUUAAUCAUUUCCUCCCACAUCCUUUAUGAUGAUCCAAAUCUUUUACAUCUCCCAUGUGUCUAAAACGCACCCAUAGAUUACAAGUGAUAUUCCAGUCCUACUAACGAUUUUAACUGUUUACAAUGGUCUUUAAGUUAUGAGUUUCCCCCAUUCGUUAUUGAAAUUUUGGUCUUCCUGAUUUCUGAUUCUUCUGGUCGUUUUGGCCAUUUCAGCAUAGUCCAUCAACUUCAUCUGCCAUUCUUCUCUGGUUGGGACUAUAUUUUGUUUCCAUCUCUGGGCCCACCUUUCCCAUGCAGUCACCCAUAUAAGUACUGACCCAGACUUUGUUAGCUUCAGCAAGAUGGUGGUCGCAAGUGCCUUCAAAUCAUACUCUGAGAUGAGUAACUCACCAUGCAACCAUUUGGACUGCAGUCUAUCUGUAAAGUGCUAUUCCACCAGUGGAUUCAACAGUGCAACAAUUGCCCUGAUUUGUUGACUCACAAACACAUACGACUUUUCCAGAUUAGGAGCAGGCAAGUUUUCCGGUGCUGGUGGUCCAUGCUGAAAAUACAUCACGAGGUUGAAGCAGGCAGUUGAUUUGCACGUUUAUUUUUCCGCGUCAUUUCCAGAAACGUUCAAAAUCGCAUCAGGCUUCUUCCAUUCACAAUUCAGACUUUAAAAUAAGACACUUUGAAAAGGGCCUUCUCUCUCUCUCUCUCUCUCUCUCUUAAUAACUUUUUUAUUCAAAAUUAAAACAAAACAUAUUAUCCAGAAACAUAUCAUCCUUAUUCCCCCCAUUUUUCCUCCCUCCCCCCACAGAGGCCCCCCCACCCCCCGACUUCCCUCAGUUCCAGUCUUUGAUUUCUCUAAAAAUGCUGUUUUCUGCAUGUUACACAGUUGUAUAGAUCCUCAAACUAUUUAGCUGAUUAUUAUCAAUAAAAAGUUUGUGAAUGUUUAUUCAAAACCAGCCAAGGAGUCCAGUUCGCUUUCUUGCGUCUUCAAAUACUUCGUAAAGGGUUCCCAUUCAUCUUUAAAGUCACAGUUAUCCUUGUCCCGUAGCUUGUAUGUCAGUUUUGCCAGUUCUGCAUAGUCCAUCGAUUUUUCUUGCCAUGAUUCUUUAGUUCGGGUUGAAAAGGGCUUUCUCCAGUCUUCCAGCAUCCCUCAAACGGGCUGAAAUCCAUUUGAGGCAAACUGUCAGGGCGUUGCAUGCCAGCAGUGAUUGGGAUCAGAACCAAAAGAAGAAGAGUUUGGAUUUGAUAUCCCGCUUUAUCACUACCCGAAGGAGUCUCAAAGCGGCUAACAUUCUCCUUUCCCUUCCUCCCCCACAACAAACACUCUGUGAGGUGAGUGGGGCUGAGAGACUUCAGAGAAGUGUGACUGGCCCAAGGUCACCCAGCAGCUGCAUGUGGAGGAGCGGGGAAUCGAACCCGGUUCACCAGAUUACGAGUCCACUGCUCUUAACCACUACACCACACUGCCCCCCCCGCUCUUUUGCUAUGCCUUCUUUCUCUUCAUUCCCCCACUUUAGGAGUGCAUGAAAUUAGGGUGGGGGUCACAGGCCCUCCUGGAAGAAGUUGUCUCAGAACUGUAUUCUGUACAAAUUUUCUUUUUAUGCUGAUUGUAUGUGCUUGACCGUAGAACAUUCUGAACAGUCCUCUUCGUCCUCCUCCUCCUCGAAGAUUCGGAGAACAAUGGCUUCGUCAACAAAUUCUGGUGAUAAGCGCAAGAAGAAGAAGAAGGGUAAAACUGACGAGGAAUUGGAAGAAGAAGAAGAAGAAGUGAAUGGUAAGUUUUGCAAUGACGUUUAAUCAGCCAGGAGAAAUGGUUUGAAAGAAGCAGAACAAGUGAGGUUUCAAAAAAUAAAAAACCUAUUAAUAAAAUCCCCACCCCUGCUCUAAUGCAUCUUUCUUCUUUCUUGAAAAGUAAUAUUAACAGAAUAUAUACACAAAUUCCAGUCUUAAAGGGAAGGGUGUCACUGGUUAUAUACCCAAGAUGCAGAGAAGAACUAUGUUUUCAGAAUUUCAAAACAUCUCAGAAAAACUCUAAAAAGGACAGAUGCACAUCCCCCCUAAAACAGUACAGUGGUACCUCAGGUUAAGUACUUAAUUAGUUCCAGAGAUCCAUACUUAACCUGAAACUGUUCUUAACCAGAAGCACCAGUUUAGCUAAUGGGGCCUCCUGCUGCUGCCGUGCCGCCAGAGCACAAUUUCUGUUCUCAUCCUGAAGCAAAGUUCUUAACCUGAAGCACUAUUUCUGGGUUAGCAGAGUCUGUAACCUGAAGCAUAUGUAACCUGAAGCGUAUGUAACCCGAGGUACCACUGUACAGUGAUGACUGAGCAUUCUCAGUGGUCAUGAAAUUAUUAAUUAAUUUGGAUUAAAUAUGUAGGUUUAAAUAAGUGUAAAUGUAAGAGUUAGCUCUUGGAGGUUAUAACAACUAACUUAAAAAAAAAUAUCUUAGGGUGCAGAUUUUUGUGGAACUUGAUCCUACAGAUAGCUUCAAAAUAUAUUUAGUUGUCUUACUGCUACAGCUCAAAAACUAGAUUUCAGACGUGGAGAUGCCACAUAACUAGGUUCCAUAUGGGUCAUUAUUCCAAAAUGAUUUCAAAAGUCUAUACUGGAAGAAUCUGAGGUUAAAUUUUCAAAUACCAUGUGGGAUGGGGCAAUACUCAAGGAAUGCAGCAGAACACAAAGAAUUAUACUGUUAAGAAUCUUGUUAACAUUUAUUUUUUCUUUUCCCUGAGCUACAAUGAGAUAGAUCUGUUACACAUCAAAAGCAGCAGGUUGGUGAUAAGAACUAGCAUUACUCUGUACAGUUCUACAUACUAUGUUUAUAUAUAUGUUUAUUGUAAUAAGUAGAGCAUCAAUUUCAUAGCGGUCCUCAUGGCAGUUUCUGACAAAUCGCCAUUAAAGAGCUAUAGAGACAACCAUGCUAAAAGGUUUCAAAAGCAUGACCAAAUGUUUUAAUGGUGACACUCACACAAUAACCUGACAAUUAACCUCCCUCUUUUGUUUUACCCAAAGAAUCAUCAAAGUCAUCAUUAAAAUCUUUAAAAUCCAAAGCUGUGAAAGUGAUUUCAGAGGAGGAUGGCAGCGGAAUAGACAAUGCAGUGACAACAGUAGCUACCACGUCGACAACAACACAGCCUUCGACCACAACCACCCUGCCUUCAACUACAACCAUGACCAAGCUGCCCACGACAACGACCACAACAAACCUACCUACGACCACGACGAAGACUACGACGACCACCACAAAGCUUCCUACCACCACCACAACACAGCCUACGACGGCAACGAAGCAGCCAACAACCACGACCACAACAACACAGCCUACGACAACAAAGCAGACAACAACCACGACCAAGCAGCCUACAACGACGACCACCACAAAGCUUCCUACUACCACAACGGAACUACCUUCUACAACCACAAAGCAACCUGACACAGAGAAAACAACCCCAGGAAAUAAAGGUAUUACAACAACUCCUUUGUCUGAAGAUCAUGUUAGCCAAAGCCCAUCUCCCCAACCUGAUAAGGUGACCACAUCCAACAGAAUUGCUACCACAAAACCAUUAAGCUUGCCAUCCAGCACUACUUCUGGUAUCACUGAGGCAUUGAUAAUGUCUACUGUGGCUAGUGAUAGCAUAAGCAAAGACACGAGCUCUGCUUUGAAAACCACCAUUAUUCCACCUAAAAGUACAACAACAAUAUCCAAGAGAGACACCACUACUGUAGCUAUGGAAGCAACAUCAAGAGCUGGUACAAAGACCAGUGCAGAUAGCCACGUUGCAACAACAGUGGAAAAUAAUAAAGCAACAGAUGAAACUAAUAGACGAGAUAUAACUACUGCAAAUAAAGAGACUGUAGUAACAAACGAAGACACAAUUAGAAAUGCAGAUACUUCAAUAACUGAUAAAUCCAUCACAACAAACACAGUAACUGAAACAGCCACAGGUAAUACAGAUGCAACAACACAAGCCAGGAAAGACACUGCUACUGUAGUUGGAGAGACUGUAACAACAGGAGAAACAACAGGCAGUCAGACCAUAGUAACUACAACAACGAAUGCCCCGACCGGUGAAGAGACCACUGCUGCAGAUAAGAAAACAACAUCUGUAGAAGAAACAGAAGCCAAAGCUUCUAGUCAGGAGCUAAUUACAGAAGAUAAGGAAACCAAAAACAGUAGGGUUUCUGAUAGAAAAAAGAUAACCACCCGUCUCACAGAUUCAGCUACAGCUGAUUCAAAAGAGACGGAUGUAGGUGAUAAAGAGACAACUACACUUGUGAAAGAGACGACUAUAGAGAAUAAGGAAACGGCAACAAACUCUAAAGAGAAAUCUGUUACCAAAAAAAAGAGUUCUACUAUUAUUGAAGAAAUAAGUACAUCUGCUGAAAUGACGGCUUCAGAAAACCCCAAAGAUUCAAGCACGACUGCAUUUACUGAGAGGAUGUCAACUACAGAGUUGGCAACCUUAGAUGAUGGCUCUGUUUCACCAUCGGGUACAAAAGGCACAGACACAAAAGAAAUAGGAGUUACAUCUCAGACUGUCAGGGAACCUAAGCCAACUCAGAAAUCAACUAAUGAGCCAGUUAACUCGGUGAGUCCACAAGACCAACAAACAAACUUAUUCUCAACAACACCUGCUACUCUGUUCACAGAUACACCUCAGUCUGAGGGAAAUUUUAGAAGUGCCAGGACAGAAAGGAGUACUACAGUCACAGAGACAAUAACAACACAGACUGAGCCGCCAAGUGACUUAGGCAAUCUUGAUGAUAAAAAUGGCAGACCAGAAAUUGAGAGUCCAGAAGGAACAACUAUCAAUUCAGAAACAGCAAUUCAGGGAGAUCUAACAAGUGGCACACCUACUCCUGAUAGUAAUGUUCAGGGUGACAAACCAGAAGAGACCACUGCAGUUGCAGAUACAUCGAUAACAAGUGACACAGCAAAUUCUAAUGAUAAGACUGACAAAGUAGAAAGUGGCACCAGCAUUACUACUACUACUACACAGACUGAUCUAGGUGAUACAACCAGUCCUGAUGGUGUUGAUAAAGGUGACAAACCAGAAGGGACUUCUACAGUCAGUGAGACAACAAUAACACAGACUGUUCCAGGUGACACAACCAAUCCCGAUGGUACGCCUGGAGUCCCAGGGACAUCAAUAACACAGACUACUCCAGGUGAUGGAACUAAUCCUGAUGAGGUUGAUAAAAGUGAUAAACCAGAAGGGACCACUACAGUUACUGAAACAACAAUAAUACAGACUGAUCCAGGUGACACAACCAAUCCCGAUGGUACGCCUGGAGUCCCAGGGACAUCAAUAACACAAACUACUCCAGGUGAUGGAACUAAUCCUGAUGAGGUUGAUAAAAGUGACAAACCAGAAGGGACCACUACAGUCACUGAAACAACAAUAAUACAGACUGAUCCAGGUGACACAACCAAUCCCAAUGGUGUUCCUGGAGUCCCAGGGACAUCAAUAACACAGACUACUCCAGGUGAUGGAACUAAUCCUGAUGAGGUUGAUAAAAGUGACAAACCAGAAGGGACCACUACAGUCACUGAAACAACAAUAAUACAGACUGAUCCAGGUGACACAACCAAUCCCAAUGGUGUUCCUGGAGUCCCAGGGACAUCAAUAACACAGACUACUCCAGGUGAUGGAACUAAUCCUGAUGAGGUUGAUAAAAGUGACAAACCAGAAGGGACCACUACAGUCACUGAAACAACAAUAAUACAGACUGAUCCAGGUGACACAACCAAUCCCAAUGGUGUUCCUGGAGUCCCAGGGACAUCAAUAACACAGACUACUCCAGGUGAUGGAACUAAUCCUGAUGAGGUUGAUAAAAGUGAUAAACCAGAAGGGACCACUACAGUUACUGAAACAACAAUAAUACAGACUGAUCCAGGUGACACAACCAAUCCCGAUGGUACGCCUGGAGUCCCAGGGACAUCAAUAACACAGACUACUCCAGGUGAUGGAACUAAUCCUGAUGAGGUUGAUAAAAGUGAUAAACCAGAAGGGACCACUACAGUCACUGAAACAACAAUAAUACAGACUGAUCCAGGUGAUACAACCAAUCCCGAUGGUACGCCUGGAGUCCCAGGGACAUCAAUAACACAAACUACUCCAGGUGAUGGAACUAAUCCUGACAAACCAGAAGGAACUACUCCAGUCACUGAGACAACAACACAGACUAACCCAGGUGACACAACCAAGCCUGACAGUGUAGAUAAAAAUGACAAACCAGAAGGGACUACUACAGUCACAGAGACAAUAAUAGCACAGACAGAUCCAGUUAGUGGAACACCCAGCCCUGUUGGUGAUGAUAAAGAUGAUAGGCCAGAAGGGACUACUACAGUCACAGAGACAACAAUAAUACAGACGGAUCCAGGUGAUACAACCAAGCCUGAUGGCAUUGAUAAAAGUGACAAACCAAAAGAGACUACUACAGUCACAGAGACAACAAUAAUACAGACUGAUCCAGGUGACACAACCAAGCCUGACGGUGUUGAUAAAAGUGACAAACCAGAAGAGACUACUACAGUCACAGAGACAACAAUAAUACAGACUGAUCCAGGUGACACAACCAAGCCUGACGGUGUUGAUAAAAGUGACAAGCCAAAAGAAACUACUACAGUCACAGAGACAACAAUAAUACAGACUGAUCCAUCUAGUGGAACACCGAGCCCGGUUGAUGAUAAAAAAGACAGACCAGAAAUUAUCACUACAGUCAAAGAGACAAUAGUUACCGUGACAACCCCUCAAAGUGGUACACCCAGCCCUGAUGGUCCGAAUGACAGGCCUGAAGUAACUACAAUAACAGAGACUAUAAUAACAGAGAUUAAUCCAAUCAGCCCUAGCAAUGCUAAUGAAAACAUUCCUUCAACUAGGAAUCCAGAGACCUCAGAAAAAACAACACCAAACCCCAAGCCGCCAAAUGAUCAGCCGAAUCCCAAAGGCGAUGAGAACGGUGACAAACCAGAUGAUACUACAAAAGUAACAGAGACAACAACAAUAAUUACACAGCCCAAGUCACCCAGUGAAACACCAAGUCCCAAUCAAAGUGACAAACCAGACAAGCCAACUCAAGUCACACAGACAACUACUACCAUCAAAACAGAAUCCAAACCACUGAGUGAUUCCCCUAACCCUGAGGAAAGUGACAAGCCAGAUAGCAUCACUACAGUUACGAAAACAACUACAACUACCACAACAGAAUCAAAUCCCAGUUCACCUAACCCCGAUGACAAUCCUAAAAAUGGCAAGUCAGAAGUUAUCACUAAAAUUACACGGAUAGUAACAACUACUACAACUACAACCACCACCCAAUCAAAUACAACUGACCAUCCAGAAACAACCACCCGUGAUGUUACAACUAAUACAAAAAUUGAUCUUGUUUCAGAUAGCGAACCCACCAAGGAAACUCCAACUAACAAGAAUACAAACACUACAGUAACACAGGUGACUACAACUUCCUUGAAAACAUCAAAAACCCCUGACACCCCAUCCUCGACUGUGGACAAGACUACAACGUAUACCUCCACUUUGCCCACCAUACUUAUACCUACAAAAAGAAAAACUACGACAUACUCCACAAUCUCUAGCGUAAGGCUUCCCGAGUGGAUUACCAACCUAACUGCAGAGUAUGUUCGACCAGAAAAGUUUGUCACACCUCUGUUGUACAAAGGUAUGAUUACUACUACUUCUUUUAUUUUAUUUUUACACUUUUUAAAUUUUUAAAUUUCUUUUAAUGCAAUUGAGAUAGAUAGAUAGAUAGAUAGAUAAAUAAAUAAAUAAAUAGACGAUAGAUAGAUAGAUAAUUGAAUUUUAGGGUGAGUUUUUUGUUAUGUUAAAAAAAGAACUGUGUAUCAAUAACUGUGCUGGUCCCGAGGGCUAACCGUGCGGCGAGGUCCAAGGUUGAGGGUGCGGUAUGGAGGCUGUCCGUCAAAGCUGAAGCGGGGUCCAAGGCAGGGAGUCAGGUGAGGUCAGGAACUCUGGCGAAAGAGCAGGACAGGGUGCAGGCAGGAACAGGCUACCAACAAUGUUGCUCCUGCAACCUGGGACUGGGGCUGGCUGGCUUUUAUCUGCCCCGAGGCAUAGGGCGGCCCCGGUCCACAGGUGACUCGCCUCUCCUGGCCUGGAGGCAAGCACUCCUCCUGCGGGAACUUAGUUCCCUCUGCCUCUCUGCCCUGAGCCUCUGCAGCUCAGGAGAGGCUGGAGGGUUACCGGACCCAGAGGCAACCUCAGCUUCCCCUGACAGGGCUGAGAGUGGAGCACCUGCAGGCAAUGGGUCCUCCAUCACCUCAGAGGCCAGAGCAGACUCAGCUGGUGCCUGCACCUGAGGAUCCAGCACAGGUGAGGACCCUUCAGGCUCAUGCCCCAGCCCCAGCUCAGCUGGUUCUGGAGGCAGGGAAUCCUGUGCAGGCUGGGAUUCCUCAGGUUCAGCCUCCGAGUCCGAAUCCCAGGCCAUCACAAUAACUCUCUCUGGAGUGAAGUUUUGAAGAGCUACAUGGGAUUCUAGAAAAAGUCAAAGGAGAAAUGCCUCCUUUGUUUCCUCUCGAGUCUGAACAUGCGCAGUCUUCGCUAAUCUGGUGCCCUCCUUAUGUUCUGUAAUAUAACUCCUACGGCCCCAGCUGACAUGUAGUCUGAAAUACCUGGAGGGCACCAGGUUGACAACAGAUAAGCGAUGGUAACAUGACGGACGUAUUUAUGAAGGUAUUUUUCAAAUACAGUGUGGUCCCAGUUCAUUAUACAAAGUUUUAUCAUUAACAUUUGCAAUAUUUAGUGUGAGAGGCUGGCUAGAAUUGAUUCCCCCCCCCCCCAGACAUAUGGGCCACAACAUAUCUGCAUGCAUCUGCUGGGUGUAAAAAUAUGAAAAUGUGUAAUAAUGGCUGUUUUCAUGUCCUCGGGGAGAAAUAGCAACCCUUUGGUUAGAACAGGGGUUGGCAACGUGCGGCCCAUGGGCCGGAUGCGGCCCACGAAGACCGUUUUACCCGCCCCCUGUGCCGCCCCCGAGCCGCGCCGCCCGCUCGGCAAUUCCCCUCGCUGCGCCGUGCUGGUUUAGUGCAGCACGCGGGGAGUCGCCGGGCAGUGCCGGAAAUUGUGUGUGCACACGCGCAUGUCCAGACGCUGAAGUGAUUUCCAGCUCCGCGGACAUGCACAGACGUGAUUUCCAGCAUCACGCUGUGCCAGUCCAGCCCACGGAAGAUCUCUGUGGGAGUGAUCCGGCCCAUGGCUGGUAAACCUUGCCGACCCCUGGGUUAGAAAGAGAACUCCAAAAUAAUGCAUGAGGUAACUGUUUAGUAUUUUUAGAUUUCCAGGUGACAAGCAGGAUUGUGGAGUGAGAUGCAUUGGUUAUGCUCUGUGCAACUGUAAUGUACUGGAAUAAAGGGCAAAAAAAGUUAUAUUUAGACAACCCUUUAGAAUGCCCUACGUAUAAUAACCCUUCCCCUGGCAAUAUGUAGCAGGAGGAUCCUUAUACUUGCUUUUGACCAUUCUUUAAUAGUUUUCUUUGUGUUUUGCUUAAAGCUGAAGUCAAGAGUUUUGCAGAUUCACACUUUACAUUGUGGAGAACGUCUUGUAAAAAUCAACAGGUGUUAAUAAUGCCAUGUAUGCUCAUUCUUGCUCAUUCGUGUUGCUAACAUAGUCUCCGUGAUAAGUCAGUUUUACAUUGUCUGCCCUGAAGUUCCACAGUCUGAUGAGGUGAUGAGCCCCAGAACCAACACCAUAAAGCACUAUUCGUCCCACAUGGAUAGGAGACUACAAUACAGGUCCAGUGGAACGGGCAUGGAUUCACAACACCUUCAAGAACAGAAGUGGCCAAGGCAUGCAUUUGUGUUGCCAAGGUGCUAUGAAUCUGUCCCUAUCCGGCCAUUUGGAUGCAGCAAGAACUGCAGACACAAUUCAUUGGAGUUUAAAUCAGGCCACAACUCUAUGGAUUACAGAUACAAAUGAGUUUGGGCUUAGCAUAGGGUAGCCCACCAAGACCUGCCGGAGGGUCAAGCUUGGUGUGGGUUAGACCUAUGACAUACCUCAAAUAGGUACAGUGGUACCUCUGGUUGUGAACGGGAUCUGUUCUGGAGGCCCAUGAAAAGAGCGCAACCUGAAGCGCCGUAUCUGCACAGGUGUGCGGCACGAUUUGGUGUUUGUGCGCCUGUGCGAAGCGCAGUUUAGUGCUUCUACGCAUGCGUGAGCAGCGAAACCUGGAAGUAACCCUUUCCGGUACUUCCGGGUCGCCGCGGGACGUAACCUGAAAGAACGUAACAUGAAGUAAACGUAACAUGAGGUAUGACUGUACUACCCCACAGGCUUGCCAUGCUGGGGAGUGCUAUGGCCCUUGGCCCCUCCCUGGAUGUUUGGAUAGUAGCAUCUCCCCUAUGGAUCCCUUUUUAAAUUUUAUUUUGACAAAGUAAUAAUCAUAAAUAAAUAAGAUUAAAAAUGUGCACCCCACCACCGAGACCAUUCCAUUGUAACUAUCCAACCUCCCAAAAUUUCAACACCUCUUGCAAUGGGGUGACCCCUUUCAGUUUUAACAGUACAAAUUCUACAAACACCUCCCAUUUCUCCUCAAAAUCAUUUCUCCUGCAUAUUCCCCAUCUUAUCUGAACGGCACAUGUUAAUUUAUCAUUAAUAGCUAUAUCCCACACCUCUUUAUACCAUUCUUCCAUUUUAUAUUCUGCUUGCCCCUUCCACUUCCUAGCUAUCAUAAGUCGUGCAGCUGUCAAUAAAUUUGUGAGCAAGUCCUUCGUAGCCUGUGAACCUUCCACCCCAUCGUAAAUUGAUAAUAAUGCUACCUCUAGACUUUUGGUCAGCUUUAACCCAGUGAUCUAUGGAUCCCUUUAAUGGGAUACCCCACCACCAUGGAGGGGGAAACCCAGACACACAAUGCCCUCUCUGCCACUGACUAGGAAUAUACCCAAUGCCAUAUCCAUCAAAGUUAUGGCCAUUGCUAUGAGGAAGGCAAAACCCUCAGACAGGCCCAAUUAGCCUGAUAGGACAAAUCCCUGCCUGCCCCGAAUACGGCAACCAUAAAAACCAUAGCAAGGUCAAGCAAAUACAUUCAAUUGCCAGCAAACCGUAAGACCACGACUGAGGGAGGGAGGGAAAACCGAAGCCAACUGUGGUCCUGAGCGAGGGACACAUUGGCUUUUAUUCCAUCAGAGUGGACCUAGAUGAGGACUCCCGAGGAAUUGAGCCUGGGCCCAACCAUACCCUCAGCCACACCUGUGGUUGGCCACAAACAUGGGUGGGCACAUUUGAAUCCUGCGUCGGCCAGGAGAGGUUGGAACGUCUUCCAAUCAGGCGGAGGAGACCAGGGGUGUGUUGCAGGAAGGGCGACAGGGUCAGAGGUGGCGGCGGACUGCAAACACUGUGUCACUGAAAGGGCGAGCAGAUAAGUCUCAUGCAGUGUGCAACGCACCCAGCUUCUAUAUAUUACAAACCUAAGUGUCCAACUCUCACCUAAUCCCAUCUGCAUGAAUACACUGCACUCUUAACAGUACUAAAAAAGGACUUGGAAUAACCAUUGGUACCAACAUGCAGCUGUGAUGGCGGUGGCAAAUCUUGAUAUAAUCAGUGCCUUUAUGUUGAUUCAGCUCCACCAGAGGGUGUAUCCAUUCUCUAGCCUUCAGCCAGUUGGCGUGAAAGAUCCCUGACAAAAAUACACUCAGGUUGUAUGUGUACAAUUCAGAAAUACUUUGCAAGAAUGAUGUGUUUCCUUAACAUUUCCCACUUCCCCCCAAUCCAUUGCCAUGUUAGAAGAGCAGAGAAGGGUGAAGAAGCCUUGUAGAAGAGCAACAGUCGCAAUCAUAGACCUGGCAGGUGUAAUUUCAACUCCUAGACUGGAAUUACACGCUAAGCUGUGUUGUAUUUUACUUUCUUUUCCCCAAGGAGCUCAGGCAUGAUAUUCUUACAUUAUGUUGGGAGGGGUGGGUAAAGUUAAGCUGACAGAGAGUGACUGGCCCACACUCACCCAGCAAAAUUUAUUGACAAGCAGGGAUUUGAACAUAAAUCGUAUGGGUCCAAAUACAACCAUCUUCUCAAGAACAACGGGUUUUUUUUCAAUAUGUGGGUAUUUCUAUGAGUACAUUUAGCAAUACAUUAACACCAGAAAGCAAAAGAUCCAUGUGCCAGGAGGGAUCCAGCUUCAGGUCGUUCUGUCUUUGCCAAAACCUGCCUCAGAGGAUUGUUGUAAGGAUAAAAAUGAGUGGGACUGUACCACCUAACAGCUUCUUUAAGAAAGGGUGGAACAAGACUAAUGAAUUUGAGCGUUGCCAAAAAUUAUUCCUAUAUGAGCCCAUACACCCAGUUGCUCAUCUGCAAUACAAUAAUGACCAAUCUCAUGCAUAUGAGUGGUAAAGAAUAUUAACACCACCUUCCAAUAGACAUAUCAGUAGACUAAGCUGUAUUUUUAUUUUUUUAAAAAAGUUUUUAUUUUAUUGAAUAUGGUGUAUCAAAUGGUGCCUUUUGGGUUGAUACGAAUGUUAAGAUCAAAGCUUUUGAAGACCAUGUAUGGUUGCAUCUACACAAUGGCUUCCCCCAAUGAAUCCUGGGAGAUGUCGUUUGUUAAAGGGGCUGGUAACCGUGCUAUGUGAAGGGUCAAAUAAAAUUUCCAAGAUUCUUUGGGGGAAGACAUGGCUAUUAAAGUGCUCUAAAUGCAUGGUGCCAGAGAAGUAUAGAGCUGGAAGGAAUCUUUUUGACCAUCUAGAUCAGCGGUUCUCAACCUGUCGGUCCCCAGAAGUUGUUUGACUACAACUCCCAUCAUCCCUAGCUAGCAAGGCCAGAGCUCAGGGAUGAUGGGAGCUGUAGUCCAACAACAUCUGAGGACCCACAGGUUGAGAACCGCUGAUCUAGAUCAAUGUUUCCCAAACUUGGGUCUCCAGCUGUUUUUGGACUACAGUUCCCACCAUCCCUGACCACUGGUCAUGCUAGCUAGGGAUGAUGGGAGUUGUAGUUCAAAAAAACAGGUGGAGGGCCAAGUUUGGAAACACUGAACCUUAUCCAACCCCCUGCUCAGUGUGGGAAAUUUAGGGCCAGAGCAUCUCCAACAGAUUCUCUGUUUAGCCUUUGCUUUAAGACCUCUAGACUUUUCACCCCGAUAAGUAAUGUGUUUGACUGUCAAACUGUUCUUACUGGCAAGUAGUUUCUCCUCAUGACAACUGAAAUCUACCCUGUUGUAAACUUUAGCCUGUUAGACCCAGUCCUGCCUUUUGUUCCUUGCUCCUCUCCUCCAGGAUAAAAAUGCCCAGUUGCUCCAACCUUUUCCUCAUAAGAGCUUGUUUUCCGUGAUUGCGUAUGGUCUGAUUGGAGAGCAAAUCACUGGAUCCUUGAGAACCUUCUAGAACUGGUCAGUGCAAAUAUUUUGGAGAGGAGUGCUCAAAGUCAAUUAGCAAGGAGUACAUUAAAUCUGGCAUUUAUCUUUGUGAGAAUUAUGUCCUUGGAACAAGUCUUAGGGUUAAUGCCCAGUGAAUAUUGUUAGCAUAAACUAAAGCGUUUAGGAUUAACCUUUUUUAGUAGAGGAUCCUUCACGAUAUAAAACUUAGAAUUGUAAAAUUAAAAUGACUUAUUUUGUACCAGAUGUACCUCAAGAGAUGAACUUAUGCAACCGGAAGCCGGCAGAUGGGAUAGUCCCUUUACAAAAUGGAUCACUGGCUGUAUUCAGAGGUGAGUAAGCAGACUGGUGAGCUUAAUGGGUUGUUUUGUUUUUUUACAAAACAUGACAAAAAUGCAGAACAUAUUGUUAUGUACAUAUCAGUCCCAGUUCAGAUGAAUGUGCUUUCAACUAAACACAUACACACAAAUGACUGAUGGUUCUUGGUGGACAAGUAUCCCCAACCUCACCCACAUCAAAAAUACACAGCCUGUCCCCCCCCUUUAAAAAGAUACAGCCAGUACAAUGGUACUUAAAAAAGCAUGGAACUGCCAAGGGAGAUGUACAUCAAAUAAGCCUACUUUCAUAGAGCCAUCUCUCUCACUGGACUGGGACAAUUAUGUUUCAAUGGCCAAAGAACACUUGCCUUUUGCAGAAAAUAGCUACCACCGUCUUCAAACCACCAAAAACAACAUGUACAGGAUUCCACAAAUUGAUGCAUCAGGGCACCACUCUUGCCCCUUCUAGCAAGUACCCCUAUAUUGAGAAGGUUGAGUACUACAGAGAGACUGAUUCCUGAGGAUUAAUCCAUUCCCCUUUCUCCAUAUGUUCAACCUCUGCUUGAUUUUGCAGGCCAUUACUACUGGUUGCUGAAUGGAACGAGUCCACCAUCACCUUGCCCCCGUAAAAUCACAGAGGUGUGGGGUAUCCCCUCUCCCAUCGACACAGUCUUUUCUAGAUGUAACUGUGAUGGCAAAACCUUCUUUUUUAAGGUGGGUCACAUGAAUUCCUCAAUGUGCUUGACAGAUCACCGACAUGUUGACAUUUGUAGGAGGCGAUUAUAACCUGGAGAUCAUCAAUGUCGCACGAAAACAAAACAAAUGAACAAACAUAACCUGAAUUUUGCAACCAUAAAAUGUCACACCCUGAUUGCUUAUAUCCUUACUUACCAUGCACCGGUUAAUUGGUGAUUGUUGGUUGUCCAAACUAUUCUUUGUACAGAUGGAUGCGUUUUGUAGAAUCUGUGAAGUUUUAUUUCUGUUGCGGUUUCUGUCAGAUGCAAGAAAGAAAUUGUGCUUUUCUCUGAGGCGCUUAACUUGUGUCUGGGCUGUACAACUUCAGACUGUAGGCAGGACACACAUGAUCAAAUGUUUCCCUAAACAAAAAUAAAACAAAAUGAUUAAUUCCACCCUCACAGAAAACUAGCACUACCAUAUCAGGGAGCAGGCUUCGUCCUUUUCCGACCAACAUUAUUUGAGCACGGCAUAACAGCUGUCAUUUUCUGGCUUGAAAUACUUUCAUGGCCAUUUCUAGAGUUGAACUAGGAUACAGUCCAACAAUCUUAGUGGAGUUAAGCAUGCCUAAGGCUGUAAUUCAAUGCACUGUUACCUAGGAGUAAGCCCAACUAAACACAAUGAGACUUAUUUCUGGGGAAAUAGGCUCAGGGUUAUGUUACCACUGUGUUAGAUUGAGGCCACUGGUACAGAAGUUUUUCCAAGUGACCUUUUUAUUGAUCAUUUAUCCUGACUGGUUUGUACGAAGUUUGCAGGGUGCCUAUGCAAGUCUGUUGUUCAUUAACUCUUCAUUCUCACUUGUUUGCAGGGAGGUGAUACUGUAUCCAGCAAUAGCUCUCUCAAACUUUCCUUCUUGUACACUGCCCAGUUUUUAAAAUACUGUAUACAGUGGUACCUUGGUUUACAAAGAUAAUCUGUUCCAGAGGUCCGUUUGUAAACUAAAACAGGUUGUAUCCCAAGGUGCGCUUUCGCCAAUGGGGCCUAAAAAAUAAAUAAAAAAUGUUCGUAAUCCAAAAAAAUUGGGUUGUAAUCCAAAAAAAGGUUGCAAACCGGGACAUGCACUUCCGGGUUUGACGUGUUUGUAAUCCAAAACAUACACAAACCAAGUCGUAUGCAAACCAAGGUAUGACUGUAUAUAUUUUGGGAAACGGCUUUGUUGUGCAAGAGUGGUGAAUUCACUUUAAUUGUGCAGACCGAAUUUAUUGGUAUGCAGUUGAAUCCCACCCAUGAAAUAGAGAAUGUCCGGAAGGACUUUAGGCAGCAGCAAAGAUAAGGAAGCAUAUGCUGUAUUCACCUUUAAACACAAUAAGGAGUGGGAAAGUUAAUGAGCACAAGGCAAAGCUGUCAGUCAGCUGCAUAAAUCUCAAUAUCUGAUUUUUAAUCAAUUACAUUGGCACAAAUUUGGAAGAGAAAACCUUAUGUGGAGGGAAAAUACGUUGCAGAGUUAAAAUAUGUUGCAGAGUUCACAAAAUAUAGUGCAGAGGCAAUUAUAUUCCACCCAGUGGAGCUUUUACUUGUGCUGAAGGCAAAUGAACAUCACGGUCACAAAUCCAAAUGCCUUCAGGAUUAGCACAGUCCAUAAAAAAUCCAGUUGCAGCACUUGCAGAAACUUACAAACUUAUCUUAUGAGACCAAGACCUUAACACUAAGCAUACCUAUGUACAGAACAGAGAUAGAAAGAGAAAGGGAAACCUAGGCUCCUUCUGGCCUAUAUUUAUAGUCAGCAUGACCUUAAUUGGAAGAAGGUAAGAGAACCAGUUCAAAUCAAAUGUACUCAGAAAUAACCCAAACAAUCAUGGCCCUUCUGUCUGCCUCUCUCACACAGAGAAGCUUCUAGAAUCCUCUUGAAUUCAUAGGAAUAGGAAUAAUCUCUAUACAUUAGCUCAGUACUUUAUGAACUAAGAAAUGCAAGCUGACACUCCCCCCAUUUGUUAGUUGCAGGAAGUAUUGAUCUGCAAAACACUUAUAGGAAAAAAACAUUGCAUGUACACCUUCCUUCUACAUCUAGUUAUGCAAAACACGAGUCAGCUCCUCCUGAAAUUUACCUCAGGAAAUGGGAAACACCACCAAGCAUUCAGCUCAAGUCCCAUAAAGACAGCUUCUGACCAGCUUACCCAACCUGCUUACUCCCCAGGAACACCUGGCACAGGCAUUGCAUUAAAUAACGAGCGUCAAUUACCACCAGCUGAUCCAGCUUCCACCUUUAAAGGAGCAUUUCCCAAAAAGUGGGAGUAGGACCUCUGUUCUUACUAAGCAAAACCUUUAGGUAGCUCACUUUGUGUCGUUCAACACUAGGGUUCUCUAAAUAGCCAGUUCAAACCACCUGUACUCGGAAAUAACCCAAACCAUCAUGACCCUUCUGCCUGCUUCCCUCACACAGAGAAGCUUCCAGAAGGGUUGUGAUGGUUUGGGUUAUUUCCGAGUACAGGUGGUUUGAAUUGGUUCUCUUAUCUCCUUCCAAUUAAGGUCAUGCUUAAGAAGGUUGAGCUGUUUUUUCUGGGAGUCAGGGUGUCUUUCUGCUACUCACAGAAGCAUCUGGAAAUACAGUGGUACCUCAGGUUACAGACACUUCAGGUUACAGACUCCGCUAACCCAGAAAUAUUACCUCGGGUUAAGAACUUUGCUUCAGGAUGAGAACAGAAAUCGUGUGGCGACAGCGGGAAGCCCCAUUAGCUAAAGUAGUACCUCAGAUUAAGAACAGUUUCAGGUUAAGAACGGACCUCCAGAACGAAUUAAUAACUGUUUUUCUGCUGAUAAAUUGCAGGGCUAGCAACAAAAGGCUAGGGUUUAUUCUUGUAGAAGGAAGGUGUACAUGAAAAUCCCGCCCCCCUCAAUAAGUGUUUUGCAGAUCAAUACAUCCUGCAACUAACAAAUGGGGGGGGGAGUGUCAGCUUGCAUUUCUUAGUGCAUAAAGUCUUGAGCUGAUGUAUAGAGAUUAUUCCUAUGAAUUCAAGAGGAUUCUAGAAGCUUCUGGAAGCUUCUCUGUGCGAGAGAGGCAGGCAGAAGGGUCAUGAUUGUUUGGGUUAUUUCUGAGGAAGCUCUGCUGGAUGAAAUACGGCCUCUGGUCUAUUUUUUGAGAAUUCUGCAACGUGUUUUAAGGUUUUCCUCCACACGUAUGACAGUUUUGAAGAAUAACAUAUUUUUCUCUUGUUUUCAUUUGGUGCAGAUAUGCGUCACACAGGGAUUCAGCUUAGAAACGACAUCCUCCCCUUUCUUUCACAUCUCUUAUAAAUGGUGCCUAAGCCAUGCAGUUUUUUAGGAAUAUGUGUAUUAACACACAUGACAUUUUUAAAGGGAUACCUGACUAAUUGGCAACACUAUUCUAGUCAGCCACCUGCCCAGGUUUUUUGAACUGGCUGAUCCAUUAAACAUUGCAGCCUUAAGCAAGCUUCAUUUAUAAAUGUAACAACAUUUCAGCCAGAAUGACAGAUCGGUUUUUGUGCACACCAUUAAUGUCUCUGAAGAAGAGGGAGAAACCACCACAGAGUUCGGCACCUGGUAAAAACAUCUUAAAAAUUAAUAUGGAAACAGCUUGAAGGACGGGAGUAGUUUCCAAGAAACACUAAAACGCUGCGCCACACCUCAUAUUAAAUAUUUCCUAUUCCUCAGCUGGAAUUUUAAAUAGCGUUUGAAGCAGUUAGUGACCCCUGAAAUGCCAGCAAUCUGUGUUCAUUAUACCACAAUAUAAUAAGGAAGUUUGUGGGAAGGGCAGGACAUUCUGCUGAACGAAUCCAAGGAAUAACCUUCCAGGAAGCUGAAAGGAAGUGGGGCAGAAAAUCUGGCUGCAUGCGGUAUUCUUGGUGACCCCUCAAAAUUUUGCAACUGUUUGGGUCGUUGGGCUGGUUCUGUUUGGUGAGGUGAAAACCCUAUUUUCUAGAGACGACCCAGAUUUGGAGAAGCCGUCCUGGAUUCUGAUUUGAUCCUGGAAUGUCCCAUUUUUCUUUAGGAUGUCCCCAUUUUCAUUGGAGAAAUGUUGGAGGGUAUGGAGUUAUCCACACACCCCCAAGCCAUCGGAAGGCAACCCUAUACAGUGGUACCUCGCAAGACGAAUGCCUCGCAAGACAAAAAAACUCGCUAGACAAAAGGGUUUUUUGUUUUUUGAGCUGCUUCGCAAGACGAUUUUCCCGAUGGGCUUGCUUCGCAAGACGGAAACGUCUUGCAAGUUUGUUUCCUUUUUCUUAAUACAGUUGCGACUUGACUUCGAGGAGCAACUCAUAGAACGCGGUGUGGUAGGCUUUUUUGAGGUUUUUAAAGACUUUGGUGAUUUCUGAAGCUUUCCCAAAACUUUCCCGACACCGUGCUUCGCAAGACGAAAAAAAUCGCAAGACGACAAAACUCGCGGAACGAAUUAAUUUCGUCUUGCGAGGCGCCACUGUAUAGGGAAGAUUUUUUUAAUGUUUAAUGCUUUAUUAUGUUUUUUAUAUGUUGGAAGCAGCCCAGAGUGGGCUGGGGCAACCCAGUAAGAUGUGUGGGGUAUAAAAUAGUAAAAUUAUCAUGAUGGAAUGGGGUGCCCCUAUUUUUAUCGGAGAAAUGUUAGAGGGUAUGGCGGUGGCGCCGGGUUGAUUUUAAGAGCCUUGCAUAUCUAACCUUUAUUUGUGUAGCUUAAGCAAGAGGGUUUUGCCGUUGUUGUUUAAGCCAAAUGCGAGAGCCAGUUUGAUGUCGCAUUUAGUGUGAUGCUUUGGACCCAGUUUCAAAAUCCCACUCAGCCCAAGCUACCUGGCAGGGCGGUUAUGAAGAUAAAAGGUGGACAGGAGGAACAAUGGAUAGUGCUUGGAUCAACUUGAAAGGAAAUGUGGGGUAUAAAUUUAAGAACAAAUGAAUCAUAUUUUUAUAUUCUAUGAGGUAUGCUCACUUACGUCUAAACAAUUAACUGUGUUCCAGAUCAUUUUCCCCCACACUGUCUUCUGCUUCUUUCUUAUGUUCUCAAUACAUGUUGCCAGCGUUUUUUUGCUUUUAAAAAGGACACACCUAAAAUUGAAGUCUUGCAAGUAAGCCAAGCCUGGCAGUAACCUCAGUAGGUCAGAUUCUGACGGCCAAAUCUUGCCUGUUUUAUUGAAAAUGACCAGUUUUUUUGGUUUUUUUUAAAAAGUUAAGCUAAUUCCUUCCAUCUAACCACAUAUAUGCCAGUGACCAUUGGCACAGUCUAUCUAAAGAUACAUUUGUUCAUUUUGAAGUAAAGUGUUGGCACAGGUUUUCACUAAUUUUUUUUUUUUUUGGCUAAAUCUCAGGAAAAUCAACAUGACUGCAAAUAGGCCGCCCUGCCCUAGCAUUAGACAGAUGGGGGCUUAAUUUGCAAAUGGGUAAUUGGCAAGAGGCUACAUUUUAUUUACUGAAUUUCCCCCAAAGAGGAUAAAUUUGGAUUAAAUGGGAGAUGGGGAAAUACUAACUGGUAUUUCGAUGCUAAUAUGUGGAUGCUGCAACAAACAACAACACAAAAAACACGCAUAGAUGUGGAGGACACGUCCCCAAUAGACACACAGUCCUCCCCAAAACAAAAUGGCGGCCACCUCCAGUGAUUCAAAAACAGAAAGCUCUAUUUUAUUUGCUGUUGUGAGGGGAAAAAAUGGUUGAAAAAGUCCCUUCUUUUCCAGACACUCUUAAGUCUUCGUUGUUAUUACUUUAUGUCUAUUGCUGGUGUGUUGCUGUAGAUCAGGGGUCAGCAAACUUUUUCAGUAGGGGGCUGGUCCACUGUCCCUUAGACCUUGUGGGGGGUCAGACUAUAUUUUUGGGGGGGAAUGAACAAAUUCCUAUGCCCCACAAAUAACCCAGAGAUGCAUUUUAAAUAAAAGGACACAUUCUACUCAUGUAAAAACACGCUGAUUCCCGGAUCGUCCAAGGGCUGGAUCGAGAAGGCGAUUGGGCCGGAUCCGGCCCCCGGGCCUUAGUUUGCCUACCCAUGCUGUAGAUUAACGUGAGAAAAUAAAGAUAAAACGAAUCCAGGAAUAAUUUUGAAUUACUACAGCUAGUGGCCAUACAUAUGCACAGACCCAAAGCAAAAUAUAUACCGUAUUUUUUGCUCUAUAAGACGCACCAGACCACAAGACGCACCUAGUUUUUGGAGGAGGAAAACAAGAAAAAAAAAUUCUGAAUCUCAGAAGCCAGAACAGCAAGAGGGAUCGCUGCGCAGUGAAAGCAGCAAUCCCUCUUGCUGUUCUGGCUUCUGGGAUAGCUGCGCAGCUUGUAUUCGCUCCAUAAGACGCACACACAUUUCCCCUUACUUUUUAGGAAGGAAAAAGUGAGUCUUAUAAGGCAAAAAAUACGGUACUUAAUGCUGGCUGGCUAGUUUUGUUUGUUUAACUAGCUUUGUGGAAUAGAAAAUAAUAGGACAAGAGAAAUACACAGGAAAUACUGUACAUUAAAAAGAACAGCAUCACUAAAUAAUACUGACUCAGAGCCAUGUGAUGUCUGAGGCUGAAUGUCAUCUACAAGCUGAUCAAAAUUAGGGUUUUUGAUGAGAUGGUAAUAAUAAUGUUUCUGCCUUUGUACUAAGCUCUCCCUUCCCCAAACAACUUGGGAAUAAUUCCUAUUGAGGAAAAGGUGGUGAUAAUAAGGAUUACCUCUAAAAUGCCCCCCUCCCACCACCACAACAGCAGCAACAACAUAUGUCCACAUUAAAGGCACGUAAGCCCAAUGAAAUCUACAUUUAAUGUUUGACGUAACUUCAGCCAUUUUAAUUCUCAGGAUUCUCAGUACUGGCGCUUCACCAAUGAUAAAAUGGAUUCUGGCUAUCCCAAGGCAAUUGUAAAAGGAUUUGGAGGACUGAAUGGAAAAAUUACAGGUGCUCUCUCUGUGGCUAAACACAAGAACAGGCCAGAAACGGUUUAUUUCUUUAAAAAAGGUAAGAUUUAUAUUUAGGGUGCAUGUCAGAUACAUCGGAAACACCGGAUAGAAUCCAAUAUGUAAGGCCAGUGAGAGCCUUGCAUAUUUUUUUAAAAAAGGUAAAGGACCCCUGACCGUGGCCGACUCUGGAGUUGCGGAGCUCAUCUCGCUUUACUGGCCGAGGGAGCCGGCGUACAGCUUCCAGGUCAUGUGGUCAGCAUGACUAAGCCACUUUCUGGUGAACCAGAGCAGUGCGCGGAAACACUGUUUACCUUCCCGCCGGAGCGGUACCUAUUUAUCUACUUGCACUUUGACAUGCUUUUGAACUGCUAACUUGGCAGGAGCAGGGACUGAGCAACGGGAGCUCACCCCGUUGUGGGGAUUCGAACCGCCGACCUUCUGAUCGGCAAGCCCAAGAGGCUCAGCGGUUUAGACCACAGCGCCACCUGCAUCCCUUGGAUAUUUAGGCUUGGUUAAAAUAAUACCAAUUUUGAACAUUCAUCACAAAACUAAAUUAUCAGAUAUACAGUACAGUGCAUUGUGUGGUCUUGGAUCGAUGCCUGGUAUUCUAGCUGGCACUGAAACAAAGCCAUUUUUUCUCAAUUAUAUCUACAUAAAUUUACAAGAGAAAUAAGAGUUUUGAAAGGGGAGGGGAAAGCAUAUUGUUUUUAAAAUUAUGCAUGCACAUAUCACAAAGGUUGCCACCUUGGAAGAAACAUUCUGUAGAUGGAGACAUUCUUCUAAGAUGGAAACUAUUACCGGACUUGUAAAUACUUGUAUGAAAAAGGUAGCUUUGAAACUAUCUGCUGCCUAAUUAAUAAGGGAUACUUUAAUUGAUCAAAAGCUUUAAAAUCUUUUGGUUGUUAUAGUACAACAUUAUACACACAGUAAACCCAUUGAAAUUAAUGGACCCAAGUUAAUUGUGUCUAUUAUUUUCAAAGGAUCUGCUCUGUGUAGGACUAACAUGCAAUAUAACCCAAUGGAUUUUAUAUAUUAAACAUUGCUAAUCUGUAAAAACUGAAACAAAAUGUAAACCUUUUUUUGUCAAAGGGUGUUUAAGGAGAUAACAGAAAUCACUGGCUUAAAGCUGACCAAAAGUCCAGAGGUAGCAUUAUUAUCAAUUUACGAUGGGGUGGAAGGUUCACAGGCUAUGAAGGACUUGCUCACAAAUUUAUAGACAGCUGCACGACUUAUGAUAGCUAGGAAGUGGAAGGGGCAAGCAGAAUAUAAAAUGGAAGAAUGGUAUAAAGAGGCGUGGGAUAUAGCUAUUAAUGAUAAAUUAACAUGUGCCGUUCAGAUAAGAUGGGGAAUACGCAGGAGAAAUGAUUUUGAGGAGAAAUGGGAGGUGUUUGUAGAAUUUGUACUGUUAAAACUGAAAGGGGUCAAACCAUCGCAAGAGGUGUUGAAAUUUUGGGAGGCUGGAUAGUUAUAAUGGAAUGGACUCGGGGUGGGGUGCAUGUUUUUAUUCUUAUUUAUUUAUGAUUAUUACUUUUGUAAAAACAAUUUUUUAAAAAAUGUACAAAAUAUAAAAAAGAAUGAAAAACGAAAACAAAAGACAAAAAAAAAGCCUUAACAACUGAUUAAGUAAAUUGCAACCCUAGUUCAGGAGUUAAAAUAUGAAUAUACCGUAUUUUUCCGUCUAUGAGACGCCCCGAUGUAUCAGGGUGGACCCCAAUUUAAGAAAAUGGGGGGGGGGAGAUGUAUCUGUGUAUAAGACGCGCCCAAAUUUUUGACAUUAUUUUUUAGGAAAGAAACCUAGUCUUAUACACGGAAAAAUACGGUACUGAGUUUUGGAAAUGUCAGUUGUGACAAUGCAGACUGUACAAUUGGACUGUCAAUUUAUAAUUAUAUACUAACAUCACGAUUGAUCUAAUGUUCUGAAUCAGAAUCAGUUGUAAGGGAUCCCUCUGCAAUGCAGAAACCACGGCUCAAAUAUCCCUGACAGGUGGCCAUCUGACCUCUGCUUAAAGGUAAAGGGACACCUGAUCAUUAGGUCCAGUCGUGGCCGACUCUGGGGUUGCGGCGCUCAUCUCGCUUUAUUGGCCGAGGGAGCCGGCGUACAGCUUCCGGGUCAUUUGGUCAGCAUGACUAAGCCGCUUCUGGCGAACCAGAGCAGUGCACGGAAACGCCGUUUACCUUCCCGCAAGAGCGGUACCUAUUUAUCUACUUGCAUUUUAACAUGCUUUUGAACUGCUAGGUUGGCAGGAGCAGGGACCGAGCAAUGGGAGCUCACCCUGUCGCGGGGAUUCGAACCGCCGACCUUCUGAUCGGCAAGUCCUAGGCUCUGUGGUUUAACCCACAGCGCCACCCGCGUCCCUUGACCUCUGCUUAGAAACCUCCAAUAAAGGAGAAUCUGCCUCCUUGAGGGAGUCUUUCCCACUGGGGAAAAGAUUUUACCACCAGCUUGUUCCAGGGUGCUGGGAAUUGUAGUUUUGUGGGGUCCAGGCCUUCCUAGCAGGGGAUCUGAACCUGUAACAGUGCGGUGGGAUAUCGUUUCUUGCCUUGUGCCUUCAAAUACCUUCACCGAUACAAUCAUAUCUGAUCUAGGUGGCAACCUCCAGCAAUAUACCUACAAACAAGGAGGAACGAAGAAAUGCAGCAAAAAGAAAGUGGUGACUGUGAACUAUCCGGCUUACAAACCAAAAGCUGUGAUUAGGAAAAGGCGGAGGCGCUUUGAACGUUCAGUAAGACCGGCUCAAAUUCUCCGGACCGUCAGAGUCCAGCAUCGCCCAGUUGUUCAGUUCAGGCACCAGCCAACUGGUAUGUUCACCGUCUUGUACUGUUAAUAGUCUACAAUCAAGCGGUGAGGAUGUUUAAAUCAUGUGGAAUUAAAAAUGAAGCGGUCUGUGUGCAUGACUGCAGUAUAGCUGUUUCAAACAUUAUAUAGCAGGCUUCCUCAACCUCGGCCCUCCAGAUGUUUUUGGCCUACAACUCCCAUGAUCCCUAGUUAACAGGACCAGUGGUCAGGGAUGAUGGGAAUUGUAGUCCCAAAACAUCUGGAGGGCCGAGUUUGCCUAUGCCUGCUAUAUAGCAGGGACGUCCAACUCCCAAGAGACUGCAAGAUGCUCCCAGGAAAAAAAUAUGGCAGUGAUCUACCCAUUUUUUGGGGGGGAGGGGGAGUUCAGAGUUGUCAGAGUUGUGGAGCUCACCAAAACAAAAGCUGGUCAGCGCUAACUCCGUCUUCCGGUUUAGCGAUCCUGCGCGACUGAAGGAAACAACGAGGGUGCGGGGGCGGAAAUCGGCUAGAGAUCAACCGGUUGGACAUCCCUGCUAUAUAGAAUGGAUUUUCCCCACCUACGCUAUUUUUUGGGGGGAAUAUUUAUAUAUAUAUAAAAGCAACAUAUGCCUUUGUUUCAUGUGUUACAUGCCCAAUGGUUAUAAACACUUCAGUGAUUUGAUAGCCUCUCUUUCCUAAUGUUUCCUUUUGCUUUUGCAGGAGUCUUGCAGCCAGAGGUCAAAGUUGCCUCAUAUUGGAGAGGAUUCCCAAAAGAAGUGAAUUCUGUUAUAUCGGUUCCAAAUGAUCAGAAGCCAGAUGGUUAUGAUUACUAUGCUUUUUCUAAAGGUAUGUUGAAGCUAAAACAUCACUACUGCUGCCACCAAGACGGGAAAAUAUCUAUGGCUAGUUUUUAAAAAUUAAUUUUGUACUCCAGUUCAGUUCAAUAACGAAACGGACAUAUACUACUUGUCUUUUCCCCUCUUAAUUUUUACAAGGGAUCCCCUCAAAACACAGGUCAUCUCUGUGUUCUGUGGUUUGGUUAUCUUCUGUAAAAAUCAUAAAGAUCCAGGAUUUGUGCAUCUUGGACCAAUGUUUCUAAGGGUGCUAGCAAUUGCUGCAUCCGUUAUUUUUUACUGUGCUGUCUGUUACUGUAAAGUUCACGUUGUGUCCUUUUGGUAAUUUGGUGUGAAAUCAUGAAAACUCAAGAGGACUUGGAUCUGAGUUUUACACUGACCUCUUGGAAAAAUGAAGGGCAUUUGUGGCUGAGUGCACAUUUUUUCUCAGGGGUGUAGAGGUGGUGCUCACGAUGUACAGUCGAAAUUCCAAAUGUGCCCACAGACUCAAAAGGUUUGGUGGCACUUGAUUUAAGGCUACAGUACUAACCAACAGCUCUAAGGAAAUGUGCAUUUGCAAUAGAAUCUAUCCUCCGCUGUAGGACAGUGGAUAGUAAAGGUAAAGGGACCCCUGACCAUUAGGUCCAGUCGUGACCGACUCUGGGGUUGAGGUGCUCAUCUCACUUUACUGGCCGAGGGAGCCGGCGUACAGCUUCCGGGUCAUGUGGCCAGCAUGACUAAGCUGCUUCUGGCGAACCAGAGCAGCGCACGGAAACGCCGUUUACCUUCCCGCUGGAGUGGUACCUAUUUAUCUACUUGCACUUUGACGUGCUUUCGAACUGCUAGGUUGGCAGGAGCAGGGACCGAGCAACAGGAGCUCACCCUGUCGCGGGGAUUCGAACCGCCGACCUUCUGAUCAGCAAGUCCUAGGCUCUGUGGUUUAAUCCACAGCGCCACCCACGUCACAGUGGAUAGUAGGGAUUCACAUUUAAGUCAAGAUUUCCUGCUUGUGGGACUUGAAUGAGACUUUUAUCUUUAUUUCCCCUCCUUACAGAUCAAUACUACAGCGUGGACGUGGGCAGCAGAAUAGCAAGACCAGUCACACUACAGACUGGGCAGACUGUGUCCGGAGCCUGGUACAAGUGUCCUUUAGAGUGA